UUCCUACAAUUCGGUAUUUGCGCCUCGUUCUCAUUACGUUUGCCUAAGGCCUAAAUUGUCGGUAUAGUGCGACGAGACAAAUGAAUCGGUCCUGCGAAAGUGAUUAAGAACAAUUCGAAGUUGACAUAUUCGAAUUGACAGUUUGGCGCUCCCUUCGCCAGGUGUGCCAACAAUCAAGCGUUAAGGGAUAAAAGUCGGUAUGGCCAGCAUGGCUCAGCAUGGCCGCUCUCAGGUUUUUCUAGGUUUCUCGUGUUGGUCAGUGUUGGUUGCUGUUGCUACAACAAUAAAUUCGUAGACCACGUUAAAGAAGGUUUCUUUCUGCCUGAGAGAAUGGAUUGCCUGCUUUUUAGAUAUUUAGGUGCUCCGUUUAUCCUAGCACCUCUAUGUGCGUAAAACGUGUAUAUUGAAUCACGUAGCUAAUAUCCACAAAUUCCGUAGAUAUAACUUUAAACAGCAAAUACAUAAUCUCGCAAUCUAUUUGCAUUUAUGAGAUUCACAUAAAAAAGGAUAAACACAAUGAAAAAUCAGAACAAGAAAUGCAAAAGAUGUUCCAAUAAUAAAUUUAGUAAUUCAAAUAAAGCACGAAACAGAACAAUAUUGAAAUCAAAUAUUAAAGAGGAACUUAUAUAUAAUAGAAGAAACAAAAAAUUUAAGUACAUGAUCACCGAUGCUAGAUAUAUCAGACGAAAUCAAGCUCUACUUGAUGAAUUUGUUAUUUAUUCAAUACUUAAUACUGGCAUUGAUAUGAAACUAGGAGUAGCAGCAAGUUUGAUUGCACGUAGUGUACUUGCACUUUAUAAUCAAUUAGUAGCAAAUCGAGCAAAGAAUCCUUAUAUCAAUGAGUGGCAGAAUUCCGGGGAAAAUAUAAUUGUUUUGCGAGGAUAUCAUCAUAAACAUUUAAAAUAUCUUGAGAAAGAAACGCAGUUUGUGGCUCUCGAUAAACAUGUCAUGUGUCAUCGAUGGCUUGACAAUCAUAUAAUGAUGGUUUUAUCACUAUUCGGACGAAGGGAAGAUUUCGAGGACAUCUUCGACAAACUCUGUGUUUGGUGAUAAAUAGAUAGUAUUUUAACAAUUCUUAAAUAAUCAAUUUAAAAUUGUUUUCAUUUAUAAUUUUUCCAAAAUGCAAUCGUUGCACUAAAAAUAUACGUGUAAAAUAUACAAAUGAAAAUUGAACGUCAAAAUAUAUUUGCUGUCAAUAUA